UCGUAAAGCCAAAUCACUAUGUUGCUGCUGCAUUCUUGCAGAUCAUUACCUUUCCCCGACAGUGCUCUGAGGGUCUGCUGGUAGAAGGACUGGUACGCUGGCACAGAUGCCGGUAGUCCUGGAGAGUGAGUGGGGCAGCCAAAUGGACCGCCGCCUACCCUUUGUCCCCUCUCGAUUCGGCGUUUUCUUCGGCUUAAUAAAUUGAAAAGUUAUGAGGCGUUGCAUUCACGCAGCUGUUGAUGAAAUAGUUUACAGUGAAGUUUAAGGUGUCUCGAAUGCAUUAUUGUGCUGGAUAUUUUGCCACUCACGGACUUUCCGUGUAAAUGAGGAUUAUACCGAGGGGAUAGUCGUGUUUGUCAGACUUGGCGCUAUUCACCUGGAAUCCCUGAGACUCAAUUUGGGCACGCACGCUCCGACAACACACAAACUUAUUUACCACAGUUGCAAAUUCUUUGAAUAGCCUAGAUUUUUUUUUGCCAUGCUUAUGCGUAAAUUGGUGGCAUUUGAAGCUUUCCCUGCAAGGAAUUUGUGUUUAUAGGCUACCUGGUAUCGUUCCUCAAGAGGAUGCUGUCUAAAGCCCGAUGAUGUGCGGGACUUGUUUUCUAAGGGGGAUCAGAAGGACAUUUGGCUAAACCCUCGUGGACCGUAAAUGCAUUUUUUAUUUAACGGUUAUUUUUGCGCCAAACUUCCACACAACCACUCGACCUCUGUCCAACGACCCUUGGCUCGGUUCGGUUCGCCCGCGAGGGAGAUGGCCGCACUCGCCAGCUCCUUGAUCCGUCAGAAACGCCAGGCGAGGGAGUCAAACAGCGACCGAGUCUCUACUACUAAACGCCGUCCCAGCCCCAGCAAAGAUCCACGUUCCAUAUGCGAGCGCCAUUUCUUGGGGGUCUUCAGCAAAGUCCGUUUCUGCAGCGGCAAGAAAAGACCAGCCGCUCGGCGGAGACCAGAUGCACCCUCCAAACCUCCACAGGUGUCCCGUAAGGGCGGCAGGCUAGAGCCGCAGCUGAAGGGCAUCGUGACGCGACUGUUCAGCCAGCAGGGCUUCUACCUGCAGAUGCAGCCGGACGGCUCUAUCGAUGGCAGCAAGGACGAGAACAGCGACUACACCCUGUUUAAUCUUAUUCCUGUGGGUCUGAGGGUGGUGGCCAUCCAAGGGGUGAAGGCUGGCCUCUACAUCGGCAUGAAUGGAGAGGGAUUCCUCUACAGCUCAGAAAUGUUCACGCCGGAGUGCAAGUUUAAGGAGUCGGUGUUUGAGAAUUACUACGUGAUCUACUCGUCCACUGUGUACCGGCAGCAGGAGUCCGGUCGGGCCUGGUUCCUGGGCCUCACCAAGGAAGGCCAGGUCAUGAAGGGGAACAGGGUCAAGAAGACCAAGCCCUCCUCACACUUUGUCCCCAGGCCCAUUGAAGUGUGUAUGUACAGGGAGCCAUCGCUGCAUGAGAUCGAGGAGAAACAGCGCUCCAGGAAGAACUCAGGGACUCCCACCAUGAACGGAGGGAAAGCUGUCAACCAGAAUUCCUAGCAGCAGGGCCCCAAAGGUGGGGGGGCCACUAGGGGGCCCUGUCCCCCCUCUCUUAAACAGAGGGGGGAGGGGCCACAAACCCCCCUCACCACCAUGCCCUCUGAAGGGAUGGACCGCCACGAGGGGGAGGAGCUACACCCAAGACCACGAAAAACUCUUGCCUGUGAAAAUCUUUUAGACGAAUAUCAAGAUAAACCCAGAGGGAAACAAAAAAAAACGACUACAAACAUUUUCAAUCAGGACUUGACCUACGUUUUAUGCAAAAAAGAAGAAAAAAAGCUGUGACAAAGAAAUGGUGGUCUCUUCACAAUACAAAUAUCUAUCGUUUCCAAUUUAUGCUGUGAAAAAUUCGCUUUAAACGCGUUUGAUUUCCCAUGCAUUGAUUUUAUGAAUGCUAUGGCACCCUCACAUGCUUAAUUGUGUUACUGUUGUCCAAUAAUAAUAAUAUUAUGUAUGUGUUGAUAACUCAUCAUCCCAAUUUAGUAUCAUUGUUAUUCUGUUUUUCGUUUGAGACUGUAGAAGUUUGAAAAUGUUUUUAUUUAUUUAUUGCGUGACAGUGAAUGCACUUUUACACUGCAUACACUGGUGUGAGGCUAAAAAUGUAAUGUGUAUGAGAGCUCGCUGGUGGGCUCGGAAGGAA